GUUUCUUUUCUUGUGUUGAUGCUGAGUACGCAGCCAAAUGGGAACGGGGACAGCCUCGUGCUAUGUGGGCCAAAAUAAGAGUACAGCCGUCAUGAAUAUCUGCAUAGCGUUGUCUUUUUUAAUAUUUGUGAAAUUCUGUGACUCAUCGAGGCCUAUUGCGUAUGAUGACCGGUGCAAAAUUAUUCCUAACGCAUCAUCAAGCGAAUGUCCUCGCCAGCGAUGGUUCUUUAAUUGGAAAAAUAAAUUCUGCAUUCCCAGUUGCAGCGCAAGAGCACCCUUCGCAAGCAAAAUAGAAUGCCAGGGAACAUGCCGAAGUGGCGAUGUUUGCGAAUUCCCGGUGGCAAGUGCCCUCUGCUACAACCAUGUGUUUCCACUCUACGUGUACAGUCCAAGAGAGGAAAGUUGUUUCCUGACUUACGAUUGUACAUACUUCCUAAAUAAGUUUCCUACUUUAGGAGAAUGCUUACGUACUUGCGUGCAGCCCACCAUGGAUAGGGUCACCAGAGAAAAUUAUUUCCAACUGGCACAGGAAAUACCCAGUCUACGAACGCUGCAACAAAUAUCCAGCCUCCUCUGCCCCUUGGCCAACAAAACAGUGUCAGUUCAAUGCCACCCACGAAGUCGAAGAUGAAUGCUCGCCAAAAACUUCCAAUGGUCCAUUUACCAACUGGAAAGCAAGAUAUGAAAGCUCCUGGAGCAAGCAAUGCUCAAGGAACCGGGCAACCAAGCUAUUUUAAUAUACUACCGGGCGAACAUGAUCCUACAGCGGCAAUGAUACCAAUUCUCAAAAUACAAAUCAGGCAUACACCACCAACUAGGGAUAUGCGAUGCAGAAUGCAUGUAGCCGAUACAUCGCUAAACAAAUGCCGCCAUAUUCGAUGGUAUUACAACGAAAUUAAGCGAGUGUGCAAACCCACCUGCAGCGAAGAAGCACCAUUCCUAAACAAGAUGGCUUGCGAUGGAGUGUGUCGGACUGUUGAUGUUUGCGGUUUCCCCGUGGCCAGUUUCCCCUGCUUCCACAAAGUCCAUCCAGUAUUCAUUUACAAUCCGAAUGACAAAUCAUGCUUCAAGUCGUACAGCUGUUCUUUUUUCGGAAAUAAAUUUCCUACCUUGGAAGAGUGUCGGCAAACUUGCAAAAAAUGCGCAGCAAACGAUCAAUCGAGAAGUCUUACUGCCACCGGCUCUCAAGGAAACGGUCAGGUACUCAGAUUUGCUUCAAGUGCUGGGAAUCAAAUACCUCCAUCAAGUUCUGGUUUAUCUACUGGAAUAGCAUUGUCGAAUCCGUGCACGCCUCUUGACAGCCAGGAGAAGCCUGUUGCCCAAGCUUCCGGAGGCAGAUGAGCGCGGCUUAUUAUUAUUCCUGCUGAAGAAAAACAAUGCACGAUAGCCGAUUCCAUGCUCUUUCUAGACGCUGAAUGUUGCAUACAAAUGCAGGUGCUGUAGGCUAGCCCAAUCGGGAGGGUUGUGUGCUAGUAGACGCGUUUACUGAAGAAAUUGCGCAAAUAUACAAUGCCCAUAAAAUAAAGUGCAAUAAGUACAUGUUCAAAAUUCAAGUCAUGCAUUCAGGCAUAUUAACAAUUAUUGUGUGAGGGCGUAUGUACCCGCCUUCAGAACUCGAAUAAGAAUGAUAUCACAUUUCUUUAGGGCCACCCCUGACGUAUACGCAAUGUAAGUAGGGCCAAAACAAUGCUUACGUUUGUAUAGACGUCAUUUGACAGGAAGCGCACAGACAUGGCGCCUAUUUUUUAUUCACAUUGUUUCUGAUCACAGAUACUAACAUCAAAACAAAAAAAGCGAGGACAGUAGUCCUGCUGUAUUCAUUUUUAUGGUGCACACGAAGAAAGAUUGAUGAGUCUUUUAAACUCUACGAGGCAUACUUUUUAUGCUUCAGCACGCAUCCCCCCCCCCAAAUUUUUAACAUUGCAUAAAAAAAGCAAAUAUACUUUUAAAACUGCAACAAAAACAGGAAAUAAAGAUAGCAUGCGGGCUGCAUAAGAACAACUACUCAUUUUUCCACUUUCCACUGCAUAUACUUGGGAUAAGACCAAAAUCGGAACGACAAUAAUAAUUAAUAAACAGAAGUGUGUGUGUACUCACAAUCGUUGUCCACGCACAAUCAUAAAUUACUAUCGUGGUUACGCAUCACGGAUGAUUAGAGGGUGGUUAUAAUUCGCUUGCUGAGCUAAGUACGGUAUUUACUAAACCACAUAUA